AUAGAGAAAGCAGAGACAGAUACACUGAGUUGAGGAGAAAGGUCAAAUUAUAGAUCAAUACAUCCAUCAUUUUUAAUCACCAUGGCCGACAGAGUUUAUCCUUCCGCCAAACCAACAGCUAGCGGAGGAGGCGAGAACGUGGCUUUUCCACCAGCCAAAGUUCUGCCCCCAAAUGCUACCCGUCCAUUCUACCGGCCACAACUCCUCCGCCAUCGUAACCGACGAAGCUGUUGUUGCCGGUGCUGCCUCUGGAUAACUUUCACCAUCUUCCUCAUUGUCAUACUCGCCGCACUUUCAGGAGUUCUAGUUUGGUUCGUAUACCGUCCUCACACCCCCCAUUUUUCAGUCUCGUCUUUCCAGGUCUCCGAGCUCAACAUCAAAUCUUCUAAACUCAUCUCCAAAUUCAACCUGACUCUAAUCGCUCAGAAUCCUAACAAAAAAAUCGUCUUCUUCUAUGAUCCAACUGCUAUAUCCAUCACUAGCGAUGGAGUUGAUAUUGGAGACGGAACAUUGCCGGCUUUUACUCAAGCGACGAGAAAUACGACGGCAUUGAGGACGGUUAUCGGUGGAAGCGCCGCGAGAAGCAUCGACGAUGCGUCGGCAAUUCUAUUGAAGUCUAAAUUGAAGAAUAGUGGCAAUUUGGCGGUGAAGAUUCAGUUGGAUACGAAGGUUAAAGUGAAGAUGGGAGCUCUGAAGACAAAAAAGGUGGCGAUUAGAGUUUCGUGCGAUGGAAUAAACGCGGCGGUGCCCGUGGGAAAAGCUGCGAAAACGGCGACGGUUGCAAAUGUCAAAUGCAAGGUGGAUCUUCGUAUCAAGAUAUGGAAAUGGACUCUGUAAAGAUCCGACCCGUCACGUUUUGCAUCCGCUAAAAAAAAACGCAAACUCAACGGCAUAGUCUUCCUCUAAGUGCUCAAAGUGUGAUGAUUUUCAUUAUUGUGCAUUUGAUUUUCUUUUUCUACUGAGAAAUUUCCUUUUGUGUUU